UUUCAGGUUAUGUUUACAAUUUAGAGCUACUAAGAUUUUUUUUUUUCGUUGGUCAUGGACCAAUCCUUGGUUGAAUUAAUUUUAAUUAACGCACUCCAGCAGGCUGCUUUCAACCAGACAUUCAGUAACCUAUGACAUUCUUUUUAUGGUUCAUUUAUCAUAUGUUUGUGGUUGUAUCGAACUGAUAUGUAACUAAAGGCAGUGAAAUGUAUUAUGAUUCGGAACCUGCUGCCCCCCUUCACUUCCAGCAUUUACACAACAGCUUGGAUGUUGGUCCAUUCCUCAACUAUGUGGAAAAUAUUUUCAAUGAACCAAUCGAUAGUGAUGGAGACUCAAGCGAUUCUGAAGUGGACAGAAAAGCGAUCGAAAUGGAAGUCCUUCAUGGCGCUAGGAAUGGCAAUUUUUACCCAAAAUCAGAGAAGCGCAGUGACAAGUUACGACUGUAUAAUUUAGCAAAUGUUGACGAAGAACGGAGUUGGAUACGAUCGGUGCUAUUAUCUGAUUCUUCAGAUUCGGAUUCAGACACCCCAAUUACAAAAGAGGACUUGCAGGAGAUGUUGAAGAUGCAUGUAUACAAGAAAAAACUUUUGGCUCAACGCAAGAAAAAUCCAAAACGGCUACGUUACCAAUACUAUAGCACUGGUUUUCUGGCUAAUCAUGAUAAAUUUCCAGCUCGCCAGUCAGAAUUUCCCAGUGGGAAAAAGCAGCGAAAAAGAAUGAGCUUCAAAAAAGACAAAGCAAAUAAAUCAGAAGGCAAUGAGAAACAAGAAACAGCUCACGAGGCAAAGAUGAGGGAAAAGCGAAAAGAUGCAAAAACCAAGAAGGCACUUGCUGCUGCAGCAAAACAGUCAAGAUUAUCGAAGAAGAAGGCACUUUUAGCAGCCAAGACAGCAGAAGCAAUGAAUAUCAAGAGAAGAAAAAUCUGGGCGCAAAUGGCUAAAAAAGAGAUUGGCAAGGUCCAAAGAGCGCGUUUGAACAAUCAUAAAGAAAUGCUGACAAGUUGCAGGAGAGUUGCACAGUACUGCAUGAAGAAUUGGCGGCAAAAAGCAAUGCAAUCUCAGAAAAAUAUGAAAGAAAUCAUUUGGCGAACUAAACGUUUGACAAGAGAAAUGCAAGCUUACUGGAAAAGGUACGAUAGAGUGGAACGAGAAACAAGGAAGCGAAUGGAAAAAGAGGCUGAAGAACAAAGGAAAAUGGAUGUAGAAUUAAUGGAGGCUAAAAGGCAACAGAGGAAGUUGAACUUCUUAAUCACUCAAACAGAGUUGUACGCCCACUUUAUGUCCGGCAAGUUGGGUGCAUCUUCAGACGAGCAACUUCGUAUCCUGAGUCAGCUGGACGAGGAGAAAAAUCCACGCUUAGCUGCAUAUGAUGAUUAUGAUAGCGAAACCUUGAAGGCCAAAAUCAAAGAGAAUGUAGAAGGUGUUGUUAAAGCUGAAAUGGAGAGGACAGCCCAGUUUGGACAUGCACGUCCUGACCCAGAACUAGAAGAAGAAAGACCGCAGCCAUCCCUGUUCAAAGGCACAUUGAAAGGAUACCAGUUGAAGGGAAUGAAUUGGAUUGCUAAUCUCUAUGACCAGGGUAUUAAUGGCAUUCUUGCUGAUGAGAUGGGUCUAGGAAAAACCGUGCAGUCCAUUGCCUUUCUAUGUCACAUAGCUGAAAAAUACUCUGUCUGGGGUCCAUUUCUAAUAAUUUCCCCAGCAUCAACAUUACACAAUUGGCAGCAGGAGAUGUCACGCUUUGUACCUGAUUUUAAAGUAGUUCCUUACUGGGGUAGUCCUCAAGAGCGUAAAAUCUUGCGUCAGUUUUGGGACAAGAAAGAUCUACACACUCAGGAAGCAAGCUUCCAUGUAGUCAUAACUAGUUACCAGCUAGUCAUCACCGAUUUCAAGUAUUUCAAUCGAAUUCAGUGGCAAUAUUUAAUCUUAGAUGAAGCUCAAGCAAUUAAAAGCUCCAGCAGUAUGCGGUGGAAAUUACUUCUGGAGUUCAGCUGUCGAAACCGGCUUCUUUUGAGUGGCACCCCAAUCCAGAACAGUAUGGCAGAAUUGUGGGCACUCCUUCAUUUCAUCAUGCCUACCAUGUUUGACUCUCAUGAUGAAUUCAAUGAGUGGUUCUCAAAGGAUAUCGAAAGCCACGCAGAGAACAAAGCCAGCAUAGAUGAAAAGCACUUAUCCAGGCUGCAUUUAAUACUGAAACCUUUCAUGUUGCGACGGAUUAAGAAGGACGUCGAAAAUGAGCUUUCUGACAAAAUAGAGAUUAUGGUCCAUUGUCCCUUAACAACAAGACAAAAAAUGCUGUAUCAUGCACUGAAGAAGAAAAUUCGGAUAGAGGACCUUUUGUACUCGGCAGGACCUUAUCAGUCUCAAAACAUCACAUCCAAUCUGAUGAAUUUAGUUAUGCAAUUUAGGAAAGUCUGUAAUCAUCCAGAGCUUUUUGAACGUAGAGAAGCAAAAGUUCCUCUAUCAUUUGGAGUGGGAGACUAUGUUGUGCCAAAAAUUGUGUUUGAUGAAGCUUUACUCAUCCGAGCCGUGCCCAGUCUCAGGCAUCUCCUCUUCAAUCAUCUUUCUAUUUUCGCUCCGGAAUAUGUGCAUCAAUCAAUAUUUUCUGAAGAAGAUAGGCAACAAUUCGAAAGUAGUUUUGCUUCAUUCAGUCGAUUGAUAGAUAUUUCACCAAUGGAAUUGCAUAAACUCACUGUCAGCGGUAUUCUAUACAGGUGGCUGCACAUUGUUGAAAUUUUGAGAAAUUUUCAAACUCUUCAAAGAUUCCAAAACGACUGGCACCCAGAAGCUGUGACUAGGUGGUCUGCGCUUUUACCACGGAGAAAUCUUGCUUCAGAGCUGCAAUUUACUGCAGCUAAUGGGCGGAAAUGUGUUUUUGCUCACCAAACUGUAACUCUCCACUGUAUUCCUGAGACAAUGGAACAUCGUGUUUUACGUUCACGAAAAUUCCAAGAGGCCAACCCUAAUUCGACUGUCCCUGAAAGUGGAAAACUGGAGUUACUGCCUGAGUUUCCUUUCAAUCCUCGCCCUCCGAAGAUACUCACCGAUCACCCCACUCACCUACCAGCUUUUCUCUUUGAACCUGUGAUAAAGGUUGAAACAGCCCCAUGGACGUUAUACUUCAGUAGCAGAGCAGCUGCUUGGUGCCGUUUGCAGGAUGAACGUUGCAACACUCCUGAAGGUUACGCAUGCAUGUGGUAUGGAAGUCCAUCUCUUAUGGACGCCUUCAAGAAGAGGCACAUGAACUUGCACUACACUGAAAUCGGAGGUAUCAUUGGCAGCGCGCCACAUACUGGUUGGUCCAAUAUCAUAAUUCCUAACAAGCAAACGCUUGUCACCGAUGCAGGCAAACUUACUGUCCUGAACGAGUUGCUAACUCGACUCAAGGAACAAGGUCAUCGAGUUUUGAUCUACUCGCAGAUGACCCGCAUGAUUGACCUCCUUGAAGAAUACAUGUGGUUUAGAAAACACAGCUACAUGCGGUUGGAUGGCUCGUCAAAGAUAUCAGAACGACGUGACAUGGUUGCCGAUUUUCAGUCACGUUCCGACAUCUUUGUUUUCCUGCUCAGUACAAGAGCAGGUGGACUUGGCAUUAACCUCACAGCUGCUGACACGGUCAUUUUUUAUGACUCAGACUGGAAUCCAACUGUUGAUCAACAAGCCAUGGACCGAGCACACAGGCUCGGACAGACGAAACAAGUAACUGUCUACAGACUUAUUUGCAAAGGGACCAUUGAGGAGAGAAUCAUGCAGCGCGCAAGAGAGAAAAGCGAAAUCCAGAGGAUGGUCAUCAGCGGUGGUAACUUCAAGCCGGACACGUUGAAACCAAAAGAAGUCGUCUCUUUACUUUUGGACGACGAAGAAUUAGAGAAGAAAUACCUUCAGAAACAGGCCGAGAGGAGGCAGGCAGAGCAGCUGAAGGAAAAAGAGAGAAAGAGGAAGGCUGGCAAAGAAGGAUCCAGAGACGAAAACGAUUUAGAUACAUCAGUCAACUCGUCCCCAGCAAGUCCAAUUGUUCCCAAUUUUGAAGACACCAUCGUUGAUCCUAGCACUCUUGUUGUUAAAAGAGGUAGCAAAAGAGGAAGGCCUCCUCAAAAAAGAAAUCGAGGCUUGGACUUAUCUCUCCCAAAUCCUGUCAACGAAUCAGGUAUUCCGCCUGCUAGAAUGAUAGUAGUUAAACGAGGCCCAGGGAGACCGCGUUUACGAACCGGUGGACCUGCGAAUCUUGGCUCCCGUGGUUUUAAAGUGCAGCGAACAAAUAGACCAAUGGCAAGCUCUGAUUCUUUUAGUUCUCCAGUAUCAUCUAAAAAAGACUCAUUUGAUUCUAGUCCAGGUUAGGUCAUCUUUGAGAGACUGAACUGUUUUUUAUUUAAUUAGAUUGUAAUGUUUAUCUGCUGUGCUGUGCUGUGAUCAUCUUUCAAUUUAUUUUCGAGUUCUUUGUUAGGUAAGAUCAAAUUGAUUUUCUUGCGUUCUUCGUGUUUAAAACGUACUUAAAAGUUUUCAAGGAUUUUCAUGAUUUUUUUGUUUCUCAUUGCGUAGUAGUGAUAAAUCAGUUGCACUAACUACUUGAAGUGGCUUUAAUUUCUCUAUAGUUUUUCAUUAUCAUUUGUCAUUUGUUGGAAUCAGAUAAUCCGAACAAGAUAUUGUAUAAAAUUUGAUUUAUAGAUUUUUAGGAAUUGAUAUUUCACCUAGUGCUAGUGAUAAAACAACUGUCUCAUUUUAUCAGGUUAUCAUAUCUAAUGUGACUCCGGGUAUUAGUCCUGUCGCAUAAAUUGUAAAGAUAUCGGUAGUCAUAAUUGUUUAAUGGCCUCCUUUUGUGGCCAAAAUUGAGGACAGUUUUUAUGAAGCACUUUAUUUAUUGUAAAUUUCUUGUUUGUAAAUUUUGAAAUUAGUUUUGUUAAAUAAGUGGACAUUAGUUAAAAUUAAAUCAUGAAUUUUCAAAUUAA